UGUGCGCAGGCGGGGCGGGGCCGGGACCCUGCCGGGGGGGUCGGGGGGUCCCGGGGGAUCCACACCCUGCCGUAAUGCCUCCGAGCCCCGAACAGCCCCGGCUGAAACAAACCCUGUGAAUCCGGGGCGGUUUGGGGACCUUAAACUUCGUGGGGCAGAAGUAACAAUUUCUGCUCAGCUGAUGUGCAAAUCCCAGGUCCUCUGAGGAGCGGUUCCUGCUCAGAGGACGUGGCUUUUGCGUCCCAGGCACGUGCCCCUCUGGAGGGGUGUGCAAAGGCCGCGCAGGUAGGGUGGGCACGGGCUGGCUGCCACCCAGCCCCUUCCACUGAAUCUACCCGCUGGUCACUGCGCCAUGGCCAGACCCCCUGCCCCACACUGCUGAACUGUCACCUCACACUGAGAGGAAGCCUGAGGCCUGAAUCUGUUUCUUUUUAGCAUGCCGAGUGGACCACCUGCCUUUUCUCUUUUUGCAGGUGAGUUAAGAGCUGCGAACGAUGGCUCUGGCACUAAGAUGCUUCCGUCAUCUGCCUUCCCUGCUGUAUCGUUCCCCGUUUGCAAUGAUACGGGGGCUGCCGCAGGCUCCUGCGGGCUGCCCAGCCCUGCUCCGUGAUGGCUGCAGGCAGUGUGUCCAUCGGAUGCUGCUCACCAGACAGCUAGCUACCAAAAAAGCUAAAGGUAAAGGGCAGAGUCAAGCCAGAGUGAAUAUCAGUGCUGCCCUAGUUGAGGAUGUUAUCAAUUUGGAGGAAACCAAUGAAGACAUGCAGGCAGUGGUAGAAGCCCUGAAGGAAGAUUUCAGCAGAACUCUCAGUGUUAGAACCUCACCAGGGGCCCUUGAUCACAUAAUCGUGCUGACAAAAGAUGGGAAGUUUCCACUGAACCAGCUGGGGCAGAUCUCGCAGAAGUCACCACAGCUCAUUAUAGUGAACAUGACCAAUUUUCCAGAGAGCACAGCUGCAGCUACGAAGGCUAUAAGGGAGAGUGGCAUGAACCUGAACCCAGAAGUGGAUGGGACAAUAAUUCGGGUGCCAAUUCCUCAGGUAACGAGAGAGCACAGGGAGAACCUGGCCAAGCUUGCCAAGCAGUCCACCAACAAGUCCAAAGAGGCCCUGAGAAAGGUGCGAAGCAAAAGCAUCAACCAGGUAAAGAAAUUCAAGAACAAAGUGUCUGAAGAUACCAUCUGGCUGCUAGAAAAGCAGAUCCAGCAAAUGGCAGAUGAUGCCACAGCAGAGAUGGACAAGCUGCUGGCAGCGAAGACAAAGGAGCUGCUUGGAUAAGCGCCAUCCAUAUGUACACACUCACCCCUCGAGCAAGAACAGACUGUUGUGCAACCCAACGCCUGGAGUCAGCAGCCUCAGGUGACGGGCAGGGGCAGCUCUGCCAGACCUCUGGAGCGGCUCUGUGCUUUGCCUGCUCCAGUUCCCCACCUUGGAUUGUACUGGAGGGAGAGGGAGCUCUCCUCGCUCUUCUUCAUCCAGGUGGCAACACAAUUGGGUGGACUAAGAUUAAAAAUAAAGUAGCAGGAAGGAGGACUGCAGGCUGCUGGAAGGGCUUCCACACAGGUGCUGAGGCACAGGAGGAAAAGGUUGCCCCGCUCGCUGGUGCCCCAGCCUGUUUGCAUCCCGGCAUCUCGCAGCCCGGCAGAAGCCAGGACCGCACACGGGAGAAACCUGCGCUGUCCUGCUGUGAACCUCAGCAUUUAUUUUUGCUUAAAAAUAAAGUCAGAAUGAGAUGUGGAGGAGCAGCCUUGGCAAACA